AUGAAUCAAAUGUUAGAGGAUGGCCCUUGGUUGAUAAGAAAUGUUCCGAUAAUUUUGAAGGAGUGGUCAGCUUCUGUCAAGAUGGAAAAAGAGGAUAUUAGGGUUGUCCCAGUUUGGGUCAAGAUGCAUGAUGUUCCGUUAGCGGCAUUUACUGAGGAUGGUCUUAGUUUGGUUGCAUCUAAGAUAGGGGUUCCAAAGAUGUUGGAUUUGUAUACUGCCACGAUGUGUGCUGAGUCUUGGGGUAGAAGCAGCUAUGCUAGAGCUCUCCUUGAAGUGCAGGCGGAGACUGAUUUGAAGAGGAGUGUAACUGUUGCAAUCCCAUCUUUAGAUGGUGGUGGUCAUUCUAAGGUAGAGGUAAUCGAUUAUGAUUGGGAGCCUUUAAGGUGCUCCUCUUGCUGCGUGUUUGGUCAUGAAGAUAGCUCUUGCCCAAAGAACCCUCAGGUUGUUUCGAGUGGGGAUUCUGGGAAGAAAAGUGAUGAUUUUCAGGUUGUGGGUGCCAAGAAGAAGAAAGCUACUAACCAAGGUAUUCAUAUGAAAAAUCAGAAGCCUAAGUUAGUGUAUAGACCAGUUGUAAACCCUAAACCAAACUCGUCCUUGAGGAAGCUGACGAAUAAUCAGGUAGCAACGUCAAACCCCUUUGAUAUCCUUAAGGACGAUGAUGGUGGUCAGGGAGGUAGUACUGUGGGUCGUCUGGAGAAGAAGGCCAUGCAGAAUUAUGACAAGCAGGAUUCAGAUGAGGAGGAGGUCGUUGAAGUCUACAAUGAAACUAAUGAAUUUAUGACUUUGGGAACACAUCCUUCAUCUUCUAGAGCAAGGGCAAGCAACUCCUCCACAAAGGGUUCCAGUGGCUAG